CUUUCACUCUCAGUCUUAUUUCCUUUGUGUUAGGGGGGCUGCUUUCGACUUCUGUUCUCUGAAUUCUUCAAUCUUUCACUUUCCCAUUCUAAUUUUUUUUCCCUUCACUUUACUAUCUUCAUCUUCUCUGGGUUUGUGUAAAUCAUUGCACAGAGUUUUAUCAAUGGGUAAGAAGAAGAAGGUAGUGAUAAAUGAUGAUGAGUAUUCAAUUGGAUAUGAAGAAUCUCAGGUUGCGGAAGACAACCAGUCAAAUGACAAAGAAGAGGGAGAACCAAUUUCUUUUGCUGGAAAGAAGAAGUCGAAGUCUUCAAAGAAAAAUGGUAGUUUAUUUAAUGCCCUGUUGUUGGAAGAAGAUGGUGAAGAGUCUGGUUCUCUUCUCGAGGCACCUUCUGUCUCGGAGGAUACUGAUGUGGCUAUUGCAUUUACUGGUAAAAAGAAGUCAUCCAAGAAGAAAGGUAAUAAUGCUUUUGCUGGAUUCGGAGAUGACAUCACAAACGAAAUGGAGCCAGAAGUAGCUAAUGCCCUUGCCUCUAAUGCGGAAGGGCAUGACUCAGUGCCUCAAGAAAAGGUCAGUUCAGUUGUGGUUGAAACUUCUAAGACUAAGAAGAAAAAGAAAAAGGGUGGAAAGAUUGCUGAAGAAGAGGACGAUUUGGAUAAGAUUCUGGCAGAGCUAGGGGAAGGACCUGCUGUCUCCAAAACAGAACCAACUCCUGCUCCACCAGCUCAAGUUGAGAAGGUUGAAGCACAAUUAGAAACAGGCUCGACUGAAGCACAGGGUGAGGAUGAAGGAAUUGUAGAAUCGGCAGCUGCAAAGAAGAAGAAAAAGAAGAAGGAAAAGGAGAAAGAGAAAAAGGCGGCUGCAGCAGCUGCAGCUUCAGAGGUGAAGGAAGAAGUGAAAAAUGAAACAAAAAGUAAAAUGGCAGACAAGAAACUUCCUAAACAUGUCAGAGAAAUGCAGGAGGCACUUGCUAGACGUAAGGAAGCUGAAGAGAGGAAACGGAAAGAAGAGGAGGAGAAGCUUAGGAAAGAAGAAGAAGAGCGUCGUAGGCAAGAGGAGCUUGCCAGGCAGGCUGAGGAAGCCAGGCUUAGGAAAAAAGAGAAGGAGAAGGAGAAACUUCGGCUGAAAAAGGAGGCUGGAUUGCUUCUAACUGCAAAGCAGAAGGAAGAACAACGUCGCAGAGAAAUAAUGAAAAAUCAGUUUCUUGCUAACGCUGGAAUUCAACUACCUGGUUCUGACAAUGGUGCUCCAACUAAGCGCCCAAUUUACACGACUAAGAAGUCAAAGUCAAACCGACAAACAAUUGGUAUGAAGGCUCAAACUCUUGAGGAUUCAGAGAUGAAGUCUGAAGCUGUUGCAAAUUCCGAGUCUGCUGAACAAGAGAACGUGGAAGAGGUUUUCACAAUGGACUUGAAAGAGAAGGCUGAAGUUACUGAUGAAAUAAAGGAAAAUGUUCCUGCUGAUGAGAAUGAGGAUGAGGAUGAGGAUGAGGAUGAUGACGAGGAUUGGGAUGCUAAAAGUUGGGAUGAUGCUAACCUUGGUUUACCUGUUAAGAGGGCGUUUGAGGAUGAGGAGGCUGAUUCAGUGACUCAGUCAUUAGCUAAAAAGGAAGAAAAACAGGUCACCCCAUCGGUUAAUGAUACUGUUAUACCUUAUUCAGGUAUUAAAUCUCCUGCAGCUGCUAAGGAACCUGAAGCUGUAGGGAAGAUACGGAGUACAGAAACAGAAUUUCAAAAGGACAAACCAAGUUCAGUUACCCAAACUAAGAAGAGUGAAGGAAACCUUAGAUCUCCUAUUUGCUGUAUUAUGGGUCAUGUUGACACUGGUAAAACCAAGCUGCUUGAUUGCAUUAGAGGUACUAAUGUCCAGGAAGGUGAAGCUGGAGGUAUCACCCAACAAAUUGGAGCAACCUACUUUCCUGCUGAGAAUAUUAGAGAGAGGACCAAGGAAUUGAAGGCUGAUGCUAAGCUGAAUGUCCCAGGUCUUCUUGUUAUUGACACCCCAGGCCAUGAAUCUUUUACUAACUUGCGGUCAAGGGGUUCUGGGUUGUGUGAUAUUGCCAUAUUGGUUGUAGAUAUCAUGCAUGGCUUGGAACCACAGACAAUUGAGUCACUAAACCUUUUGAGGAUGAGGAACACCGAGUUUAUUGUUGCAUUGAACAAAGUGGACCGACUUUAUGGGUGGAAAACAUGUCGCAAUGCACCCAUUGGAAAGGCUAUGAAACAACAAACUAAAGAUGUCCAAAAUGAAUUUAACAUGAGGCUUAUACAGAUAAUAACCCAGUUUAAGGAACAAGGCUUAAAUACUGAACUUUACUAUAAAAACAAAGAUAUGGGUGAAACAUUCAACAUCGUACCAACUAGUGCAAUAAGUGGGGAAGGCAUCCCUGAUUUACUAUUGCUGUUAGUGCAAUGGUCACAGAAGACAAUGAUCGAGAAGCUGACCUUCAGGAAUGAAAUUCAGUGUACGGUGCUGGAAGUUAAGGUGGUUGAGGGUCAUGGUACAACCAUUGAUGUUGUAUUGGUCAAUGGUGUUCUUCAUGAAGGAGAUCAGAUUGUUGUUUGUGGCAUGCAGGGCCCUAUUGUUACAAACAUUCGUGCUCUGUUGACACCUCAUCCAAUGAAGGAACUCAGAAUCAAGGGUACAUACCUUCAUCAUAAGGAAAUUAAGGCUGCGCAGGGGAUCAAAAUAACGGCACAGGGCCUUGAGCAUGCAAUUGCUGGUACUGCUUUGUAUGUCGUGGGACCUGAUGAUGACAUUGAUGAGAUUAAAAAGACUGCUAUGGAAGACAUGGAGAAUGUAUUGAGUAGAAUAGACAAAAGUGGAGAGGGGGUGUGUGUGCAAGCGUCUACCCUUGGAUCUCUAGAAGCUUUAUUGGAAUUUCUUAAAUCACCGGCUGUCAGCAUUCCUGUUAGUGGAAUAAGUAUAGGCCCCGUACAUAAGAAGGAUGUUAUGAAGGCAAGUGUCAUGCUUGAGAAGAAGAAAGAGUUCGCAACAAUUUUGGCAUUUGAUGUCAAGGUGACUCCAGAAGCACGGGAAUAUGCUGAUGAAGCUGGUGUUAAGAUAUUUAUGGCUGAUAUCAUUUAUCACUUAUUUGAUCAAUUCAAAGCAUACAUGGACAACAUCAAGGAGGAGAAGAAAAAGGAAGCAGCUGAGGAUGCAGUCUUCCCUUGUGUACUGAAGAUUUUACCUAAUUGCAUAUUCAAUAAAAAGGAUCCUAUAGUCUUAGGUGUGGAUGUUCUUGAAGGUGUUCUUAAGAUGGGGACGCCACUCUGCAUUCCUUCACAAGACUUUAUAGACAUUGGACGAGUUGCGUCCAUUGAAAAUAAUCACAAACCUGUUGACACGGCAAAGAAAGGCCAACAAGUUGCCAUUAAGAUUGUUGGUAGCAAUCCUGAAGAGCAGCAAAAGAUGUACGGAAGACAUUUUGACAUCGACGACGAGCUUGUUAGCCAUAUUUCUAGAAAAUCAAUUGACGUGCUCAAAGCUAAUUAUCGGCAUGAUGAUUCUAUGACCAAGGAAGAGUGGAAGCUGCUGGUGAAAUUGAAGAAUCUUUUCAAGAUACAAUGAGAUGUGUUCUAUGAGUAUUAGAGCUUUUGUCUAUUCUGCUAUCGCCACUGCAUUACUCUGGUAUUAUUGUGUAAAUUACCUAGUCUUGUGAAACUAAGGUUUUGAAGAAGGAAGUUUGUUUGGGUUUAUCAAAUCAGGCUCUUCUUGGCUGGUCACCGAGAGAAAUGGUUACUCGAAUCUCGUUCAGAAGGAUGUUCAAGAAUCGUGUGAGGAGAUGUGCGUUAUUUCUGUUACAGAGGCCAAGAAAGGGCAGUAUCUAACAUUUUUGAUGUACAAUGGAUUCUAUUUAAAUCUGCCAUAGGAAACAAUAAUUGAACCAAUUUUUCUAGAGAUUGGUUACUUUUAAAUCGUAGAAGAUUAGAGCUUGGCAUGCUAAAUCCGAGCAGUUUGCUUUGCAUCA